CGUAAAAUAUCCUCUCUUUCGUACGUUUAUGGCAUCCGACCGUACUCGCAAUGGAAUUUCUUUGUUCCCCGCUUUGUGGAUGAAUUGAUAGGGUGAGCUUUUAGCUAUGGCGGUGAGGCGCGAUAGAUAGGCAAAGAGGGCGGGCGCGGCGCUCGGUCGAUUCUCACGGAUUUUAUCCCGGAAUGAAGCUCUGGCGGUGUUGACGCCGCGAUUUUGCCUCGCCGGAGAUGGCAUUCGUGCUGACGACGAGUAGCGCGGUCUCGCAGGGCACAUUCUUGUCUCUCAGGGUUUUGUGCUCGAGAAGCGUCCUUCCCAGAGGUCGAAGGCGAUGGAGGCGCUAUUGCUCUCGCAUCGAGCACAGCGAGGCAGAGGACGGGAUGUUCUCGAAAUUUGGCGAUUUUCAUCCAGCCAGCAGCGCGAACAACAGCGCGAGUAGCAUCGGGAAGCUCCAGGUAUUCUCCAAAGCUCCCAAGGAUCAUAGCUCCCGAAAGGUUUCUAGAGAAGAGAAUCCCCUGGCGUCUUUUGGCUUGAAGGUUAAGAGGGACAGCCAAGGAAGGAAGAUCGACAUAGCCAAGUCGCUCUCCAAAAUGCUGCCAUACAUUGUGGUGGCCACUGCUGCCGCGGCGCUCAUCCACCCAGCUACAUUUGCGUGGGUCAGAAAAGAGCACUAUGCUCCGGCACUUGGAGGAAUCAUGCUGUCUAUAGGCGUCCAGCUUUCCAUAUCCGACUUCGCGAUUGUUUUGCAGAGGCCUUUGCCUCUAUGCAUGGGCUACGUGCUUCAAUACGUGAUGAAGCCAAUACUCGGGUUUUUGGUAGUGAGAGGCUUCGGUGUUCCUCCUUCGUUUGCCGCGGGUCUCAUUCUCACGGCUUGUGUUGCGGGUGCUCAGCUCUCCAGCUACGCGGCUUACUUAAGUGAAGGCGACAUAGCUCUCAGCAUCAUGCUUACGAGCAUCAGCACGAUUACUUCUGUGAUCGUCACGCCUUUUCUUACGCAGUUCUUGAUUGGCUCGGUUGUGCCAGUGGACGUCGUAGCCAUGGCGAAAUCAAUUCUCCAGGUGGUCUUUCUUCCGGUUCUAACAGGACUUACUCUCAACACUUACGCAAAGCCGCUGGUGGACAGAAUACGUCCCGUGAUGCCACUGGUCGCCAUGGUUUGCACGUCGCUGUGCAUUGGAAGCCCUCUGGCUCUCAACCAGUCGAAGAUCAUAUCAAUGGAAGGUCUCCAGCUUUUGUUCCCGGUGCUGGUAUUCCACGCCCUUGGCUUUGGUCUUGGCUACUUCAUCUCGAGACUUCCCUUCUGGAGGCAAAAUCACAAGGUGUCAAGAACACUGUCACUUUGCACUGGAAUGCAAAGCUCGACGCUAGCAAUGCUCCUGGCCACCCAGUUUUUGGGCGACACUCAAGCAGUUCCUCCGGCUUGCUCGGUGGUGAUAAUGGCAGUGAUGGGAUUGACGCUGGCUACUUGGUGGGGAAAAGAAGAAUCAAACAACAAGACGCCAUCGUCGUCUUCCUCCAGCGCUCCAGUCUUCGCGUAGCACAAGAAAUUUUUACAGGCAGCAGUUUGUAAAUAUGAGAUAUUUAUCUCGAAGAACUGGAAGUUCUUCUAAAUUCCCAACCGUCCACGUGGCAGAGUAACGAACCGCCACGUGGAAUAAAACCGCCGUCAGCAGGCAUUUAUAGAUCACCAAGCAAAGAGGGUUUUGUGCCAUUCUUUCCGUGGGCUUUUUCGGUUUUCGAGGCGCGCUUGCUAGAAUGUCUGGAUCGGGCGAGAAGGGCUACUCCUACAAGGGCUCUGGGACGAACUCCCAGGGAAAUCACUACUGCUCUCGCGAUUAUGGCGCCUCGGCCCCAAAUCCCAACGCUUACCACUAUUCCAACCAGAAUGGAUCCUACUACUACUCCAAUCCCAAUGGAUCGACGUACUACAACAGCGGCAAAGGCAGCGCGACCUACACUCCGCCCGCGAGCAAGAAGUGAUCGCAUCGCAGUGAAGAAAUUUCCUUUCAUGUGUGUCUGUGUGUUUCUUUGAUUCGCGAGCGCCAUCGCGGCUUCUUGUGUUGCUUUCUCUCUUGGAAUGCCAGUAAAAGCUUAAUCGUGA